AUGCCAAGAAUGACGGACUCGCAGGCGGGUCCCGGCGGCCCUUCAUCGCUCAAGUUUGCCGCUCUGUCCGUCCAGAGCUUUCACCUCGACAGUCCACCGUUCACUGGAACCGCCGUCGGAGGAGCCGGACCCCUCGAUGAAGCGGGCCAACGCCUCUCGAGUCACGAUUCGGAUCCCUCCCACCAUUCUGCGGACGGCGGCAGCUCGCACUAUCAGUCGCAAAGCCCUUCUCGCAGCGUCCGACCGUCGAAAAGAGCAGGUGGCAGCAGUCCACUCUCCAAAGCUACCACGCUCCCAUCAUCGGGCGAAGACCACGACCCCUAUACACGGUCCAUGUCGCAGACUCGCUCGCCGCCUCUGCCACAGUUGUCAUCUUCCCACGACCAGCAGCAAGAUACAAGCGUGAAGACGCCAACCGCAGAAAAGCAUUCGCUCCAACUCAACGGCAUGACCAGCUCGGCAGAGGCAUCUUUUACGUCAGAUCACACGAGCCAAUAUUGUGGAGCAGACGGGGACGAUGAGCCACGAUCGCGAUACGACCGCGACGUCCCGCAAUGGGAUCUGGAUGGCAAGCUCUCUUCGCGCCAAGCCAGCUCUGCUAGCAUUGCAACGCUUUCGCCCGACAAGCCUCUUGCAGGUCUUUCCGAAUCGCAACCGCCCGCGUCUGGAGCUCGACCAGCAAUGCAGCGCCUAGAUCCUCCGGGGAACGGCACGCAUCGUGAAUCCUCACUUUCUCGAAGCCGUCUGAGCUACCGAAAGGGCAGCGGGUCUUCCAGCAACAGCCGGGCAUCUCCUUAUCCAAGCGUUCUCGACGAUCGACCCGCCUAUUCGCAGUUCUCCGAAGACCUUGAUGCGCAGGAGGACGCUGGAUCCUCUGCCGCCGACAGAGACGAAGAGGUCGAUGGUCCGGAAGGUCUCUCCGCCGAAUUCCGUCUUCGAGAUCGCAGCGUUCCACAGCAAGGUCAGACAAAGGAAGAGUACUCGUUCCCAAGGCAUCGUCUUCCCACCCGCAUGCGCGACGAAACAAAGACGCCCCUCGUCGUGGUCGCUUGUGGAAGUUUCUCUCCGCCCACCUACCUCCACAUGCGCAUCUUUGAGAUGGCCAAGGAUCAGAUCAUCGAGUCUGGCAAGUACGAGCUGCUGGCAGGAUACUACUCUCCCGUCUCGGACUACUACAAAAAGGAGGGUCUCGCCAAAGCAACGCAUCGAGUCAGGAUGUGCGAGUUGGCCGUCGAAAAGACCUCGACCUGGCUCAUGGUGGAUGCAUGGGAAUCGCUGCAGGACGAAUAUCAACGCACCGCUGUUGUGCUCGAUCACUUCCACGAGGAGAUCAACGGCUCGUCCAACGGCGGCGUCAUGCUGAGCGAUGGUACGCGCAAGAACGUCAAGAUCAUGCUUCUCGCCGGUGGAGAUCUCAUCCAAAGCAUGGGCGAACCGGGUGUGUGGGCUACCGUCGAUCUACACCACAUCCUCGGCCAAUACGGAUGCCUCAUCGUCGAAAGGACCGGCGCAGACGUCUGGUCGUUCUUGCUCUCCCACGACCUGCUCUGGAAGUAUAGAAGAAACCUCAAGAUCGUCAAGCAGACCAUUUACAACGACAUUUCUUCGUCCAAGAUCCGUCUCUUCGUCAGACGUGGCCAGUCGAUCAAGUACCUCUUGCCCAACAGCGUCAUUCAGUACAUCGAACAGGAGGGCCUGUAUCGAUUGCCGCCAGAUGAGGAUCUCAAGUCCGAACCGGAACAUGCAAAUUGGUAA